ACGUGACCAGUCGGCGGCGGAUUUAAAACCCGGCAAGGCACAUGGUGAUUCACAGCUGAAUCAUCUGACCGACUUAGCUCAACCUUUUGCCUCCAAUAUUUGAACGACUUCUGCUUAAAUCAGUUACCAUGAAGAGAGCAGUAACCAUGGCUAACGUAAGGAAGGCGUUGCGUUUCAGUCUGAAGGGAAGAGACUACGAUUUCCUGGAAUCUAAAGAGAACGACUACUUCAGCACCCCGAAGUUUUUGAGAAGACAAUCGGACAAAUUUGAAAUGCCGGAGUCUGAGAGAAAAGUGUUGCAGUCAAAAGCCGCUAACGCCAUGAAUUCCAGACGAAGUCUGCGCCUCACCCGUAGUACCAGCGUAACAACGUCCUUCAGAGAUGCAAUGGGCACUCUAAAGCAGAAAAUCCGCAAGUCGACUCGCCGCAGGAUGAGAUUGAAGACGGUUGCAGACUCUCCCAUGACCCCAGCGUCCUUGAGACGUUCCAGCCGCAUCGCGGGGAUGAACAGUCCCCUCCCCAAGGCCCGCAGUGAAGUUAAGCUCUACUCCCCAUUUGAGAUAGACACGCCUUCCCCUAAGUGCUAUUCUCAGUCCGCAAGCCAUCUACAGAUCAGACAGGAGCAGUACGAGACCCCAGGAAGGAUACGCCAUGAGGUAGAGGCCUUGACCCAGAACAUGCAGGCCUUAGCAACCUUGACCCCCCAAACUCUGAGGUCACGCUCAUCGUCCCGCAACAUCAUUACCAUGAGGACCUCCACAGCACACGUCAAUGUCGCAGCCCCCACCUUCAGACCACACAAGAGCCCUUCCCCCGUCCUGCUGACCAAUGGAAGCCUUCGGCCUGACGUGCAGGCCCGGAGAAGGCUUCAAGCGCAGACACCCAUCUUUGUCUAAACUCCGUCCUGUUGUUGUUUCCUUACUGAAGCCAUUUGGUGCUGUGUGUGGAUUUGGCAGAAUGCCAACUUGUUGCGGACUAGUGACACUGGAAGGUCCAACUGUAUGUAGACAGUUGAGUGGACAAUAGCCCAUGAAUCUCUGGAGAAAACAGGCAUGAUCGAAAAUGCAAAUGUUCAGUUGGCCUUGAUCACCCUCUACAUCUCAGAAAUCUACCGGCCACUGCCUACCCCUUGCUUGUUUUCUUGUUGUAUAGUAAGGAGGCUGGUAUUGUGGUAGCAAUGGGGG